AGUAACUGACUUUUCUUAUAUCAUGUGACAAUGAUCUAUAGAGACGAAAUAAAUAAAUAAAAAUAAAAGAUUGAAAACGGUACGAGGACGAACGGGAAUCGAUGGACUUUCUGUUUGAGAACAGCAAAAAAGAAUACCCAGAGUCAGUUACAGAGCUCUUAAAGCUGGAAGAUAAAAUUUUUCUGCAAGGCAUCCAUUACUUCAUAAACAACAUUCUUAUAUUUAUAUAAAAUAAAAAUGUAAGAAAAGUGAAGGACGUAAUUGUACAGGUUAAUAGGAUACGCCCAGAUUUAAUUUAAGAUUCAUGUUAAGAAUCGCGGGAAGACCGCUGUAAUAGAAUAAGAUGUUUAUAAGAAUGUGCUAUAGAAGACCGGAUGGACAUUGCCUACCCCUUUUUUGUAUAUACAAUACCUGUUUUCCACAGUGAAAAUAAAGUCUCGGCGGCCAUGUUGUCCAUCAUUAAUGAAGACUCUUCACGGGGAAGGUAAAUGGGUUUGUGUUUGUAGCCAUGGGCGCCAUAGGGAUGCAAGCGUAUUAAGGUUGACAACGUAAGCAAGGUAUUGAUCCGUGGUAAGUGGCGGCAUGGAGAGACCGUGGAAACACCGUACAGUACGAUCAGUCCGGUGCUCCCAUUUGCAUUGUAUGUUGUGGAUGGUUCUGGUGUUUAUGUGAAUGUAGCUACAGGCAUUCAUUCGUUUUAUUUGAUUAUUGGACCUUUAUGUUCCGACGGUGUUGGUAGUGUCCAGAAUUGUUCUUUGCUGUUAAAGAAAAUAGGUGCAUGGAUUUACAAAAAGACGCAGAAGGUUCUUCUAGCAAGGCAUGUGCAGCACCUUGUGAUGCAAAUCAGAUCAUGAGUAUAAAAGUUGAGGGUGUAUCAGAUUCAGAGGAAGAGGAGGAGGAUCAUAUGCAAUUAAGAUGUUUGGGAAUAAAAAUUGAACAUGAGGAGGAACGUGAGUCUUCUAGUGAGACACAUCCAACAUCUCAUGAUGCAAAUCAGAUCGCUGGUAUAAAAGUUGAGGGUGUAUCAGAUACAGAAGAGGAGGAGGAGGAUCAUGUAGAAUUAAGAUGUUCAGGAAUAAAAACUGAACAUGAGAACUGUAUGGAUUUAGAGAAAGAUGUACCAGUUUCAUGGACUCAGACAUUUCGAGUGUCUUCUUGUGAUUCAAAUCAAUUUAUGAAUAAAAAAGUUGAAGUCUCAGAUGCGGAAGAGGAGGAGGAUCCUCUGCUAAUAACAUUUCCACAAGUAAAGGCCUGUGAACAUGAGAGUACUCUGAAUGAACAUCAGUCCGUGUAUCGUGAGGAGUGUCAGUUUUCCUGCAGUAUAUGUAAUAAGUCAUUCAAGAAGAGGAGUCAUCUGAAGAGACACCAGUUCAUACACGGUGGCGAGCGUCAGAUUUCCUGUGAUGUGUGUAAUAAGUUAUUCAGGCAGCAGUGUAUUCUGAGGAAACAUCAACGCAUACAUACUGGGGAGCGGCCAUUUUCCUGUGAUGUGUGUAAUAAGUCAUUCCGGCAGCAUGUUCAUUUGCAGACACAUCAACGCAUACAUAGUGGGGAGCGACCAUUUUCUUGUGAUAUAUGUAAUAAGUCCUUUGGGCAACAUGUUCAUUUGCAGACACAUCAACGCAUACAUAAUGGGGAGCGGCCAUUUUCCUGUGAUGUGUGUAAUAAGUCAUUCAGAGAGCAGGGUGAUCUGAACAAACAUCAACGCAUACAUACUGGGGUGCGACCAUUUUCCUGUGGUGUAUGCAAUAAGUCGUUUGGGCAGAAUGUUCAUUUGCAGAGACAUCAACGGAUUCAUAGUGCGGAGCAGCAGUUUUCCUGCAAUGUGUGUAAUGAGUCAUUCAGGCAAAAGGGUAGUCUGAAGAAACAUCAACGCAUACAUACUGGGGAGAGAACAUUUUCCUGUGAUGUAUGUAAUAAAUCCUUCAGUAAACAAAGUAAUUUGAAGACGCAUCAACGCAUUCAUAGUGGGGAACGGCCUUUUUGCUGUGAUAUAUGUAAUAAGUCAUUCGGGCAACAUGUUCAUUUGCAGACACACCAACGUAUACAUCGUGGGGAGCGGCCAUUUUCCUGUGAUGUGUGUAAUAAGUCAUUCAGGGAGCAGGGUGAUCUGAAGAGACAUCAGCGCAUACAUACUGGGGAGCGGCUAUAUUGCUGUGGUAUUUGUAGUAAAUCGUUCAGUGAUCGAAGUAAUCUGAAAAGACAUGAACGCAAACAUGUUGGGGAGUAGCCAUUUUCCUGCGAUGUAACAAGUUAUUCAGGCAGCAGGGUCUUCUGAAGAAAGACCAACAUAUAUGUGCUGGUGAGUGGCCACUUUCCUGCAGUGUGUGUAUUAAAUCAUUCAAGGAACAUGGUGAUAUGAUGAAACAUCAACCCAUGCAUAGUGGGUAGCUCUUAUUUUCCUGUGGGAUAUGCACUAAAUCCUGCAGCAGUCCAUGAAUAGUGGUGAACGGCCUUCUUACUUUGAUGUGGUCAAGACAAAUGAAAACCUUGAAAUUAUCAGCUGAUUUUAUAAAAUGGGGUACUCUACAGCUGUCAUUUUUAACACAGUUCCCAUUGCAUUCAGUGCAUGUCCUCAAGUGAUUCUCUAAUACUUGAAUUCCUUGGGGGGGGGGG